AUGGACUGGGAUGAUUACCUGGACGAAUCCCAGGCUUCAGAGUUUGACGACGGCGCAGACAGCAUCGACGUUGAUCCCGAAUCCGAACUAUACUCAUCGCCGGCCCCGUACUCGAGUUCCCGCGUUUCACAUUCCCCCAGUGUAUCCGACGCUGACUCCGCCCUUGAGGACGAUUUUGAGUUGGAGGGGGGUGCGCUCGCGUCGGACUACGGUGACGACGUUGAUGUGGCCUACGGGAUAUACGACCAUGAGGACGAGGAAAUAAUCGACGACGAAGACGAGCACGAGUUUGAGUACGUGUUUGAGGGUGAGAGCCACGCGGGAGAUGGUCAUUCCGACGGCCGACGCUCUGAGGGAUUAAGAGACUCGCCAGCGGAUUCACUAUUCGUUAACCAAGGUGUAGAAGCUCUCCCGCCGCUUGGGUCGUUGUUCGCUCUGGAUUACAACAACUGGGAACAAGAGUUGGGAAAUCGGAUUCAAAAUCGGAUUCAAGAGCAAUUACGUCGUCCCACGCCCUUACAGCAGGCCUGGGAUAACCAUCGUCAACAUUCUCGUCAUCGGUCGGCUCGGGAGCGUGCUUCAGCGGCCGACAUGGAUGAGCUGGUUGAGAUGGAGGUACGCCCGGCUCGUGCAGCGCGGCGCAGGUCUCGGACACCAGCUCGAGCAUCUGCCCAGGCAGAAGUUAUCGACUUGACAGGCGAGCCUGAUUCACCCGAGCAACCUCGAGCCGCGGCUCCAGCGCGGUCUCGCAACUCAAAUGCAGACCAUAACUCCAACCGAAAUUCACGGAGGCAAGCGUCACUGAACCAGCGCACACCUUCCCUUCCACGCAGCGAUGGCAGCCUUCUCGGCGGCAACCACCACGAAAUCGUCAUUGACCUGACCCUGGACGACGCCCCUCCGCCGCCCCGAAUGCCCGAAGCACCCCCUCGCCGCCAUCACCACCGACCGCACAAUCCACCGCCGCCUCCCCCCCGACGGCAGCGCGUCGACCUUUCCGAAGCCGACUUCAGCACCGUCUACCGUUUCGUGACGCACAUGGCCUCUCGUCCCCUCGACUUCGUGCACCGUCUAGGCGGGGUGUUUGGCAACCACCAGCCCAUCGAUGUCGACGUGCAGAUCAUUGGUGGCGGCCGCGCACAACAAGCCAACAACAACAACAACAAUAAUAACCUGAACAACCCGCUGGCCGAGAACGUGCCAAACCUGAAUUACCACGUUGGCGGCCACCACCACCACGGACACGGAGGAGGAGGAGCAGGAGGAGGCGGCGGCGGGUCUCGUAAGCCGGCGCACGUCCCGCCUCCGCCCGCGCGUCCCGGGUUUACCCGCAACACUGGUACCGGCGCUGGCAGCGAGGACGAGGUAGCUGUGUGUCCGAGCUGUGAGCAGGAGUUGCAGUAUGAUCCUGAAGAGGAGGACUCGGUGAAUGGCCCGCCCGCGAAGAAGGCCAGGACGCGCAAGGAUCGCGAGGAGCAUCAUUUUUGGGCGGUCAAGGAGUGUGGACACGUCUACUGCAAGGACUGCUACGAAGGCCGCAAAGGCGGCAAGAACUCAUCGGCGAACUUCCGCAAGGGCUUGGAUAGUGUCCGUCGAGGCCAGAUCCUGUGCGCCGUCGAGGGCUGCAGGUCAGACGUCAGCAAUAAACCGGCGUGGGUCGGGCUGUUCCUCUGA